AUGGCGACGCCCAUACCCACGUUAGCGUUUCGUGGCUCCCAGGGAGUAUGGAUGAUGAAAGGUUCCCCAUUAACAGCUCAGACAGAAUCAUUCCGUGGAGAUUCCAGAGCUGUGUGCAGGGCUAUGAGUUUUUCAUUAAAUGGGAAAUACUUUGCUUGGAGUGAUGAUGAAAAAAUUCACAUUGUGGAAACCUCCAAUUGUAAGAAAGUUCAGACUAUUGAACGACCAAAAACAGCUGGGCUUUCCUUUUCCCCACUGGGUACAUACCUUGUGUCUGUGGAUGUUGCUUCUCAAAGCAAAGCUGACAAAGAUAAACCCAACCUAAUUAUAUGGAAUGUGGCCACAGGAGAAUUAAUCAAAGGAUUCAAUCACAAAAGAUUGGGAGAAUGGAAGCCAGAAUGGAGUCCUGAUGACAAAAUCAUGACACGUCUACAUAACAAUGACGUGGAAUUUUAUGAGAAGGGAAGUUUUGAGACACCAAUUGCUCGUAUUCAUGCAACCAAAAUCUCUCAGUACAGUUUGUCCAAUAACAAUCAUGUGGCUUUUUGCAUCCCUGGAAGCAAAGGUCAACCAUCAAAUGUACGCGUUUUUAAAUAUCCCAAUAUUAAUGGUUGUCCAGUUGCCAACAAAAGUUUCUUCAAAGCUGAUAAAACGUCUCUUCACUGGAACAAGUCUGGCAAUGGUCUCCUUGUUAUCACUUCCACAGAGACAUCAGCAUCAUCAUAUUAUGGUGAAACUGGCCUGCAUUAUUUGAGUGUUAAGGGAGAAGGCUGUCUGGUGCCAAGAGCCAAAGAUGGUCCAGUAUAUCAUGUGGAAUGGAGCCCCAACAGUAUGGAGUUCUGUGUUGUAUAUGGCUUCAUGCCUGCAAAAGCCACCAUCUACAACCUCAAGUGUGAUCCAGUUUUUGAUUUUGGAACUGGACCCCGAAAUGCAGCUUACUACAAUCCACAAGGAAACAUUCUGUGUUUGGCUGGUUUUGGUAACUUGCAAGGUAAUUUAGAGUUUUGGGAUGUAAAACAAAAGAAGCUAAUUAACACCUCAAAAGCAAUGGAUACAACUUAUUUCUGCUGGUGUCCUGAUGGGGAACAUUUUAUAACUGCCACCAUGGCACCUCGACUCAGGGUCGGUAAUGGAUACAAACUAUGGCAUUAUUCUGGAAGUAUCCUUGCCCAGGUAGACACACCAUCUGGUCAAGAAUUGUGGGAGAGUUUGUGGUUGCCUGACAUGGACAGAAAAUAUCCAGAAAAAGCUGUUAGCUAUAAGAAAGCAACAUCUACAGUUGCUGCAGUCAAAGAAGCCAAGCCUGUUGCUGCAUAUAGGCCUCCUCAUGCACGUAAUCAGGUCUCCUCGACUUCCACUAAAUUACAUGACUAUGAACCACCUUCAAACAUGAAAAAAAUCCCAGGACUUGAUACAAGUGCUAUUCCAACCAAAAACCAAAAGAAAAAAGGAAACCAAAAACAGAAAGCACAAAAUCAGACUCAGCAAUUUAAUAUUCCUGGCUUGGCCCCAGUGCAACCAUCUGAUGCAGAAAAAGAAGAACAAGAUAAAGAGAAAAGGAAGAAGAAUCUGAAAAAGAAAUUGACACAGAUCAAUAAACUGAAGGAACAAUUAAAAAAUGGCAAGAAACUGGACAAUGGUCAGUUGGAAAAAAUCUCCAAAUAUGAUGAAAUACUUAAGUUAGUCAAGGACCUUGAAGUGAGCUGA